AUUUUUCAAUAAACAAUGGAGAACUUUUUGUUCUUUAUAUAUUCUUACAAGGUUGGGGAUGAAAUAAUUAAAGCUAUUUGUUUUGUCAUGGCUUCUGGAGAUUCCGAAACAGUCGUUCUCCUUUGGGAGAAUGAGAUAGAGAAAGUGAAAGAAAAAGAGAAGAAAACAGUGAAAGUGGAGGAGAUAAUAGAGGAGCAUGUUGGGGCACUGGGUUUUGCACAGGCAAUCCAUGUGUUUCUGGUGUCUUUGGCCUGGUUUUUUGAUUCACAGCAUACUUUGGUCACCAUUUUCACUGAUGCUCGGCCAUCUUUUCGGUGUGUUGGAGUUCAAUCCCAAUGCUCCUCCUCCAUCUGUGAAAUGGAUAGGAGGUCAUGGGAGUGGGUUGGAGGGAAAGGGGCUUCUAUAAUUUCAGAGUGGGAUCUGGUUUGCCAUGAUAGCUUCAAAGCAGGACUCCCUGCCUCCAUAUUCUUCAUUGGGUCUUUUCUAGGAUCAACUGUAUUUGGGCGGCUGGCAGAUUCAUAUCUGGGCAGAAAAAGGACAUUGCUGUUAUCGUGCAUGCUGACAGCCGCCACAGGACUCCUCACCGCCAUUUCUCCAAACUUCUGGAUAUAUGCUCUGCUACGCUUCGCCAAUGGCUUCUCACGCUCAGGAAUCGGAAUGAGCUGCCUGGUUUUAUCAACAGAAGUAGUGGGUCGAAAAUGGAGAGGCCAAGUGGGCCAAUACGGAUUCUUCUUCUUCACAGCAGGAUUUCUCGCACUACCCGCCAUGGCAUACCUCACAAAAUCCUCAUGGCGAGACACAUACCUCCUGAUCUCCAUACCACCCUUAGUCUACUCCCUCGCCAUUCUUCCAUUAAUCUCAGAAUCCCCACGAUGGCUUGCAGUACGAGGAAGAACAAAAGAAGCACUGGAAAUCCUAUCAAACAUGGCGAAACUCAACGGCAAAACUAUACCCCCUGAGGUAGUAAUAAGUGGGCCAGAUGAAAAAUCCCAAGAGAGUGGGAAAUCCCUGUGGGCAGUCGAUUGGGCUCGCAGGCGUAUGAUUGUUGUAAUGGUGGUGGGAUUUGGAAUUGGGUUCGUGUAUUAUGGGAUUCAACUCAAUGUUGAAAAUCUCAACUUUGAUUUGUAUCUGAGUGUUGCAGUGAAUGCAUUGAUGGAAAUCCCUGCUGUGUUUUUGGGAUCGUUGCUCUUGUCUUGCAUGGACCGCCGCCUUUUGGUUGCAUGUGCUUGUGUGCUCGCUGGGACGGCUUGCAUGUUGUGUUCUGUUCUUGGUAAGAAGCAGGGGAAUUGGGGGCAACUUAUUGCAGAGUCUGUGGGUUUCAUGGCGGUCUCUACUUCUUUUGAUGUGAUGUAUAUUUACAGUGUUGAGCUUUUUCCUACCAAUGUACGUAAUUUGGCCGUUUCGAUGCUUCGGCAGGCUCUUAUGACAGGGGCUUCUCUGGCCCCUGUUUUGGUCAUGUUGGGAAGAGUAAAUGCUGCUCUUUCUUUUGUUGUUUUUGGGGUUGUGGGGAUUGGGAGUGGGUUUUUGACUCUUCGCCUUUCAGAGACAAGGAACCGUCCGCUUUAUGAGACUCUGGAGCAGCAGGAAAAGGAGCAGAAUGAGUCUUUGCAGCUUGAGUUGCAGCAGUCCCAGUUCGUCAUUGCUUAACAGCUCCAUUAGAUUCAGACCCAUUUGAAAAAGAAAAAGUGGUUUUGGGUCUGAAAUAAUGUUGAUUCAAGUAAAUUUUAUGUGGUUGGAUUCAGAAACGAGAUGUGCUAAUCAGUAUGGACUGUGGAAAUGUGGAAAACUGAUGUGUCUAAGGAUCAAAAAUUCCAGUAAAAGUGUAUUCUAUUAAUAGUUAUGAGAUAUAUGGGCUCUUCAACGUUGACAUAUAUGGGCUUCAGAUAGCCUUACAAGAUUUGUAAAUUUAUAUUAAUGUUGGUUGUAGAUCUUAAUCAAAAGUUGGAUAUAUUAUAUCCGGUUGUAUCUCUUCAAAAUAGGGAGAUUGUUCAUUCUUAAA